GCAAAGUCCGCUGAUAGACGUAACUUCCCCCCAGGAUUCUGGGAUGACCUAUCAAAAGUUUUUCUCACACCGCGAGCACUGCGAGAGAUCGACCGACGACAAAAUACUCAUCCUCAUCUGCUGUUCACGCCUCCUGAGGUGUAUCCUAUCGACCUUGUUCGAUUCGCAAGACACGGUGGCCCAGACCUUAAGCAUCUACAAGGGUAUCCCGAACCGAAGCCCAUCACUGAGGAUAUGUGUUCACACUAUCCUCUUUCCAAACUUGAAAAGUUCAAAUUAGCAGGAGAAGACCCCCCACUCAAGACUUCAUCCGCAUACGACGCUUGCUUCGAAAGGCAUCUCCGCGAUCAUGGAAUAUACAUGGAGGGAGAUGACUAUCCUGGAGAUGACGCUCCGAUCUCAGAGCCUACAAAUCUGGACGAAAUCCGGCAAAUUAUCGUCGCUCCUAGAGCCUCUAUCUCGUCGCGAACUCAGAAGUCAGUAUUCUCGAAAUUCAAACGACAGAAUGAGGCCGCAACGGAGAAGACGGUCAUGACCCGUGUGAUCCCGAUCAUUGAGGGCAACGCGAACUUCUUUAAUUGCCAAGAUGCCCGCUUUACGAAUCUUAUCUCGAUGACGAAUCAGGUGACUGCCAGAUUGCAACCAGACUACUUUGACGGAGCUCGAAUAAGAGCAAUCCACGAGAAAGUGCAAAACGAUCUCAGCACGGUAAUCAUACCAACACACGACGAGAAGAUUCCAGUCGCAACGAAUUUCUUCCUUGAGGCCAAGUCUCCGAAGGGGAAUUCCGUUGUGAGCAAGAGACAGGCAUGCAUUAGCGGUGCAAACGGGUGCCGCGCUAUGCAAGCCCUACAGAGUUACGGAGAGGCUGAACUAAUAUACGACAAUAACGCAUACGCAUUCAGCGCUACUUACCUAGCUGGAGACGGUUUACUUCAGCUGUACGCCCAUCAUGCAACACCGCCAACGAAGAUUGACGGAAAGCCCAAGUAUCACAUGACCUUGUUGAAGGUGUUUGUGAUACGCGAAAAUCUUGAGAUGUAUAUCCAAGGCAUCACUGCAUUCACAAAUCUCAGGCAUUUAGCAAAAAGGUACCGAAACCGCUUCAUAAAUAUGGCGAACUCCAGAGCAUCAAAUGCA